CAACUCAUUCAAUCAGUAGUUCAACACCUUGGACCUCGAUAAGGGGGACAUUUUUGGGUUCAUCAGAACCUCCCGCAUUAAUUUUGAAGGUCUAUACACAUGGACGUGGUCGUUCCAGCUGUUGGUACAAUAUCCCAAUGUGCGGAUGACCCGGGGUACCAGCCUAGCUAUCCAGACAGAGGGAAUGAUUCGGGAUAUAGUCAGGCAUUUGUCUACAGAGGAAUAUCCUAUGCUAAGAAGAUACUGCGCAGAAACGAUAUUUAAAUGCAGCGAGAACGCUUUGACCAGAGAUAUGGUCAGACAAGCAGGUGGGUUGGACCCGCUGGUCAAUAUGGCCAGGAACCCGAAAACGAAAGAAGAUAAGCCAUUGCUUGCUGCUGUCACAGGGGCAAUUUGGAAGACAGCCAUCAGUCCUGCGAAUGUUGAAAGACGCUUGUCAAGCUCCUAG